UAUCUUCGUUAUUCGCUUUGAACGCCAGGUGUCUAGUACUGUUGUGUAUUGUGUUGGAGAUCAUGAGACGUAAUUACUUUGUGAAAUUGUUGUGUGCUGUCUAACUUAUAUGCGUGGUGUAAUGUUUAGGUCGAUCGUCAGAAAAUAUUCGCGAAAGAAAUUGUCUGAAUAAUAUUACGAAAUCAACAAUGGCUGCAAUUCUUUCACCAUACAGCACAACAGGAUUUUACAAGGCGCCAGUAUGCAAAGGUUUGAUGGGCACCAUGUUUCUGACGUGCACCGCAAUGAAUGUGCCCCUGUUGGCACAUAUGCGGAAGUAUCUCGUAUGCAAGUUGCCCGACAUAUUUGUAGAGGGUGAAGUAUGGAGAUUACUCACAUCCCGUGUUACAUUUCUGGAGACAAAAGAUUUGGUCUGUGGUGCCCUUCUGAUUUAUUACUUCAGGAUAUUUGAGAGGCGAUAUGGUUCACAUAAGUUUGCUUCAUAUCUUUUGGCAACCUGUACAAUAGCAACAAUUUUAGAAACUUCAACAAUAAUGAUUCUCCAAUAUUUAAAUAUGGAUGUCCAUGGAGGUGGUUACCUUCCACCAGGACCGUAUGGCCUGAUAUUUCCAUUGUUUGUGAGUUUCUUCUUUGAUGUCCCUCGUGUUGCGCAGACUCAUAUUCUUGGAAUACCUAUUACUGGAAAAACUCUGACAUAUCUACUUGGAUUACAACUUUGUUCCUCGUCAUUUGCAAACGGAAUUUCUGCAGUAUGUGGAAUAGCUGCAGGUUUAAUGUACCGUUACAAUGUGGUAUAUUUGAGAAAAUGGUUGAAAAUACCAAAAUGUGUGGCACAAAUUAGUAACAAAUCUUUUGGCUGGAUACUUCGUUCUGGAGCACCACAGGAGGGAGCAAUCGGAGCAACACUGGAAAUCCAAAGAGCUCAGCAGAUGGAGAUUUUGGAGCAGCAGAUGCUUCUCAAUAGAGCAAGGGAGUUCAGGAGACAGCAGGGUCAGGGCUUUGCUGAAACCUUGGUUGGACCUGAAAACUAUUGGCCUCAGGAAAAUGGAACAUUAUUUGGAGGUUUCCUCAGAAAUAGGCGACCAAAUGCUGUACCUGAAGAGAACAAUGUUCAGCCGUCAGAAGAACAAGUCCAAACACUAGUUGAGAUGGGAUUUGAACGAACAAGAGUUCUGAGUGCUUUGCGAAGCGCGAACAAUGACAUCAACAGCGCAACAAAUAUUUUACUGCAUGAAUCGUAACAUGUGUUUAGCAGUAAACAGGCCGGAUGUGACUUGCUUCCAGAACCAUUACUUGUCAUCAUCCAUAUAAGGUUUUAGAUUGUUAUUCACAAAUUGAGCAGCAGUGAAAACUAUUAAUAAGUUAAUUUAUAGUUGUAAUACUAUCUUAAAUGUUCUUGUUGCUCAACCAUCAGUUGUCAUAUGACAAUUGUCGUCUUGAAAUGGUGUAAUGGUUGCAGAAAUUUUUGUUUUUCUGUGCUCAUUUACUCACACAAGUGACAUCAUUGAAAAGUAGAAAUACAUGCUGGAGGAUUGAAUGUUAGUAUACUGCAGAAAAUUUAUUUUCAAUUAAAACAAGAAAUGGUCAUCAGUAUAGUGAAGAUAUUCUGCUAUUUAUGUGAAGUGUUUUACAUUGUGUUAAAUGGCAUCUAAUAUGUAUGAUGUAUUUAAUGCACUUAUUUGUGAAAUGAGAACAAGAUUUAUGCCUGAAAACUUUUAGGAAAGAACAGGGAGAUGACAGUUUUUUUGUUCCUGUAAGUGGUACACAUAGAUACUUACAUUUACUUUCUGUGUAUUCUUUCCAAUUUUUUAUUUUGUGAGAAAAGUAUUUUUUUCCAAGCCUGUGAUAAACAGUAGAUAUAUCUUUUAGUUUAAAAUUUAGUUGAUUACUAGAAUCAAUCUUUUUGAUUAAAUAUCUGUGAUCCGUCAUUGAAUGGUUGUACAGUAUCUGUGGACAAGUAAAUCUUUGAAAGUGUGUGUGUGUGUGUGUGUGUGUGUGUGUGUGUGUGUGUGUGUGCGCACGCACGCACGUGCACACAAGCAUGUGCGUGCAUUUUAUUACAUAACAGCUGUAAUUUAUCUGUUUGUUGUUGAAUCUGUAACUGUCUAAAUAAAAUAUGUGUUUUAUUAA